AGCUUAAUACAACAAAAGCUUCUUCCCACUUAAUGUCAUUCAGCUGCACGAUCGAUCAGCUUGUCAGAUCCCGGAAUUAGUAGCAUUUUAGAUGCGAGACCAACAGUAGCAAAGUAUGUGGAGACAGGUUACUAGAAUUUUAGUGUUGCUUUUUAGCGACAUUCUCAUUGCUGCGCAUAAUGGGCCAGCAUACGAAUCUGCGCCACCAAACUGUCUAAACCCAAAUCAUAAAGUCGGCCAGUGCAUAUCAAUCUACGAAUGCCGUUCGUUGGCUUUCGUGUUAAGAAAACAAUUAACGGCACAAUAUAGUUUCGUACGUAUGUCGCAAUGUGACGGUGGCGCUUAUGCAAGAGGAAAAUUUCCCUUCGUUUGUUGCACGAGCGAUACGAAGUUUCUCGAUCCAAAUGAUGACCAGAAACAACGCAUUAUCUUUCCGGAUACGAAAAUAACGGAAGUACCUGAUGUCGGACGUCAGACUGUCGCCUUUAUUACACCCCCACACUGUGGUGCGCUGACUAUUUCGAAUAAGAUUUUUGGCGGUGAGGAAGCUGAGAUUACAGAAUUUACCUGGAUGGUUAAGUUGGAAUAUAAGAACGAAAGUGGCUUAAUUCUGUCGGAAUGUGCCGGUUCUUUAAUCAACGAACGAUAUGUUCUAACUGCAGCCCAUUGUGUGGUCGGUCCUAUAGAGCAGAAAAUUGGAAAACUCGUUACCAUUUUUAUAGGGGAUCAAGCAAACUCAUCUUCAUAUAAUUACAAUCAUUAUGAGUAUUCACCGUCCUCUCAACGCUUCGGCGUUGAAUCUGUUAUCGUGCACAAGCAUUACGGUUACGAUCCGUUUACAAAUGUACAUGAACAUAAUGACAUAGCGUUGAUUCGACUGAAUAUGUCUGUGGAUUUUAAUAACUACAUCCAGCCUGUUUGCUUGCCGGUACCAACUCUACAAAAGGAGCUAACUGAAGGACAACCUCUGACUGUAGCUGGUUGGGGUCAUACUGGUUUAUCCCGACAUAGCAGGGUGAAGAAAAAAGUCCACUUGCCCCUAUUUUCAAUGGAAAAGUGUCGCCAUAUUUUCGAGACUCAGACAUCACUAUCUGAUGAGCAACUCUGCGCUGGCGGUGUAUUUUAUGAAGACGCAUGCACUGGUGAUUCUGGCGGUCCACUUAUGCGCCUUCAUUCAGCCUCUUGGGUUCUAGAGGGUGUUGUGUCAUUUGGGCGCCAGAGCUGCGGUCAAGAAAAUAUUCCGGGAAUUUAUACUCGUGUACGAAGUUAUAUCGAUUGGAUCGCUGAUCACAUGGAACCUUGCCUGAAAAUGUUGCGCGCACUUUUUAUCACCGUUAUAAGCGCGCUGUCAACCAACUUAGCGUUUGGACAAUACUUCGAAACGCAGACGCGCCGCUGUUUCAAUCCCAAUCAACGUCCAGGCACAUGCGUCUCGAUUUACGAUUGUCAGACAUUGUUGUCGGUGCUACAACGCGGCGCAAUCCAACCGCUCGACACCGAAUUUCUGCGCGCCUCCGAAUGUAUCGGCGGAUACGGCAAUGGUCCGUAUGUGUGCUGCACCGGAGAUACCGGUUUCACGCGCAACACCUACGACGACUACAGCCGCCAGACCGGCACGGUGCUAUUUCCCGUCGGCUUUGGUGAGGGUCGACAACGGCAGAGGCAGCGCUUAAGCGCAGUAGCUGGUGGUGGGCGUGGCUUUAAUAGCAUCGCCGGCAACGAUGGCAGCGGCAAGCAGCCCAGAGACCAGACAGUUGGUGCGCAAACAUCUGUCGCGGCCGUGCUGCCGCGCUUGCCCACCUGUGGCGGUGUGACAAUAUCGAAUAAAAUCUACAGCGGCACAGAUGCGGAUCUCUAUGAGUUUCCGUGGAUGGUGUUGCUCGAGUACAAUCGACGUUCCGGUGGCUUGUCAACCAACUGCGCAGGUUCGCUCAUAAAUAAUCGCUAUGUACUGACGGCGGCGCAUUGCGUGAAAGGUGCCAUUGAGAAGCAAAUCGGAACACUUAUUGGCGUUCGACUAGGCGAAUAUGACACCACGAAACCAACCGAUUGCAAUGACUACUCAUGCGCUCCCGCGGCCAUACGUGUCGGCAUUGAGGAGACCAUUCCACACGAGCAAUAUGAUGACAAUUCUGCCAAUAAGGAGAAUGACAUCGCAUUGAUUCGUCUCGAUCAGGAUAUACGCUUCUCAAAUUCCAUACGUCCCAUCUGUCUGCCAUCGGCCGUGGCUCAAGAGCGCUCGGCACCGGUUAGCGGUACACAGUACACCGUCGCCGGUUGGGGUAGCACGCUGCGCAGGCCAAAAAGUGCUGUAAAACAAAAAUUACAAGUGCCACUUGUGGAUUUGUCACAAUGUCAGCGCAAGUAUCGUGAACGCAAGGUGAACGUGGUGAGUAAUCAACUGUGUGCCGGUGGCGUUUAUGCCGAGGAUAGUUGUGAGGGCGACUCCGGUGGUCCACUAAUGCGCUUUCGCAACGAUGCUUGGGUCUUGGAGGGCAUCGUAUCGUUUGGCUACAAGUGCGGUUUAAGCGGCUGGCCGGCGGUGCAUACUCGCGUGGCGAACUAUGACGACUGGAUACGAAGCAAAUUACGCAAUUAAUUUAAUUUUGUCUUAAUACACUGAAUUUAUAUGUAAAUUAUAUAAGUUUAUAUGUAUAUCUAUAGGUUAAAUUAGCAUUUAAUAACAUGAAUUUAAUUGUGAUCUUGCCAUUAGUUUCUCAUUUCCGUUCGUGUCAUAUUCAAGUAUUCCAAAAACUAUAAUCCAUAAAUAUACAUAUGUUAUAACAAGCAGAUUUAUCAUAAUUCAUUUAGCUAUAUGUAGAAAAUAAUUUAUAUUAUAUAGUACAAGUAUUUAUAAUGCAAUGAAGAAACAGUUAUUUCGUGUUGUUAAAAAUUCAAUAAAAAAUAUUAAAAAUAUUAAUGUUA